UUCAGUUGAGGACGAGUAAUCUCCCCUCCUCUCAGCACACAAUACAGACAAUAGAUACAACCAAGCUGGCCGGUCAGCUCUCUGUAGUCCAGGAGCUACCUGAGGUCAGUAAGCUGGUUUUCCAGGAGGUCAAACAGGAGGGCGGAGAUUCUAUCGCUAGUAUGUUGGAGAAUAUGAAGGAGGAGGAUACUGGAUGUGUAUCUCCUCUAGACUACACCAUCAGCUCCCCAGAAACUCCUCUCAAUCUAGUCAAUAACUCCAGUAAGGGAGUGAAGAGGAUAAUGACCACCUCACACCAGAUACUCGACACUAAACGGUUGAAGAACGUGGUUGUGCUCCAGGGAGAAAACGGAGAGCAGAUCCUUCACCAUCUCCCCGUCUCUAGUCUGAACGGAUACAAUCAUCUCACAACAAUCAAAUCGGUGGAUUCUCUGUCGGAUCUCAGCUCCACACUAUACCUGGAUCCACCCUCCCCAAAGUCGGAGAAUAGAUGUAAGAACUCCUCCCUCAAGAUGAGCUACUCGACGAAGACCGUGGCAGGAACUGUUAUCCCUAGCAGUAAGACCUGCAACUGGGUGUUUGAGAACGGGCAAGUGUGCGGGAAGACCUUCUCCAAGUCCUACAAUCUUGUUGUGCACAUGCGCAUGCAUGAAGAUAUUCGACCAUUUGCGUGCACAUUAUGCGAUCAGACAUUUAGGCAAAAGGCGCACUUACAGCGUCAUGAAACUACUCACGGCAUUCAAUCUAAAAAUUUCUAUAGAAAUCCACCAGGUGGAGGACGACGAAGAAAACGCGGGAGUCCAAAGAUGAGCAAGGGAUUGCAGGAAAGACUCUCCGGAGUAUCCCCUGGAUACAGGAAGAAAAUUGGAGGAGAAGACUCUGAAGGAGAAGAACUCAUGGAAGACGAUGAAGACGACAUGUACGUCACAAACGGUAAUCCUUCAAAACGGACCGCUAUGAGACGGAAAUACUCCAACCCCGACAGCCAGGAUGAGGAUAGGGAACAAGACAGCGAUUCAGCGCUCUAUGCCGGAGGUAAGGAUGAACCAAUGCAUGCUGGUUCCAGUCAAGAAAGACGGAACAAUAAUACAAAAGAAAAAUUCCAGGUUGGAAGUGAUGGAGAGAUGAUGUCAGCCCUGAACCUGGCCCAGAGAUCUGAUGACGAUGACACGAGUACAGUCCAAGAUAUUCUUCAUACUGUAAACAGUGUUCCCACCCUGGAGCAAAAACUUGAAUCCUCAUAUCUAAACUGUGACUCUUUACUCGUUAAAACCUCUCGUAACUCAUCUCUGCCUCAUAUAACCCGUCUAGUAGAUUCCUCCUCCCUCACCUCCAUCAGUCUCAGUAACAACAAUAGUCUCUCCACCACCCUCUCUCAGCACCUUCCUGGUGCAUCCCUUGCUCAAACUAAUAUCCUUUACACAACCCUCUCCGGGUCUGGAAACAGCAAGCUCCUCUCUCUCAUGGAGCAGAACCAGAACAAGAACCAACUAGUCAUUGAGAACCUGGAGGAGCACAGUCCGGAGAUACAGGCGGAGCUACUCAACGCCCUGCUGGCAGAUGAGACGUAUAACCAGGAGGAGGUUUGUCAGGAGGAAGUUUAUCGUCUUAAUACUCUCCCCGCCUCCUGGUGGGUUCUCAGACGACAAAAACAGGGUUCGUUGUCUCCGGAUAUAACAUACUACUCACCCCAAGGGUUCGGGUUCAAGACCAGAGCUGAGAUUCAAAAUUUCCUUCAAAACAAUCUCAUAUCAAGAGAAACUAAAAUGGCAGGUCUCCGCCAACCCCCGAUUCCGAUCGAGUCAAUCCCGGUGUUAGACGACGAUCUUCCGUCCAUGCAGCAAGCCUCCCUCGUAUCCCAACUCGAUGCAAACUCAAUCGCGCAAGUUCUAAUCGCUAACCUGAAACCUGAACCUAUAGAGAGUAUUCAGGACGCGUUGUCUGAAACCCGAUCAAUCCAAGAUAGUCUUUCAGGUCCCGGUACUCCAGCAGAACCUCUAGACGCUAUCAGUUAAACCUUACACCUAUAUAUUUUCAAAUCCGUCCUAGAUAAACCCAUUGCUCAGUUAGUCAGCUUACUCAAUACUUGCCAGACGCUGCGGAUAGAAAUCUCAUUAGUGAAAAUUUCUCAGUAUAUUUUAGGUGAAAAUUUUAUUCCUGUUCAAUAGAUGUUAAAAUUAUUUCCGACCAGACAAAAAGUGCAACACGGCCUAAAUAAUUGAAUCAUACUCAAACAUGGUUUAAAUCUAUUUAAUUUCUUCUUCAACAUGUUUUUACCCCCCCCCCCCUUCAUUGUUUUGGUUGGUGCAAUAGUUCUUCUAGUUCAGUACAUAUAGUCAAUACAAUUACAUGCAUAUUCUUAUGUAUUCUGAAAGUGCCUAGUCCGUCUAAUAUUACAAAUGUGAUAAAAGAAAUAAAUUUUGCCUAGACCCGA